AGUGCCAUUGUUACAAUACAAAAAAAUAUUAUUUAGUUCCUUUUGAGCAAUUGUAGCACACGAUCAUGGAUCUCCAGCUUGAAUUAUCCAGGGCCUUACAAAAUCGAGAUCUGAACACUUUCAAAGGAGCUCUAAAUCUACAUGCUAAUCCCAAUCAGCCCGAUGGCUCUAACAUUACAAUCUUUGAAAAGGCGUUGGCCACCGCAGGCUGUGGAGAAUAUAUUAAGCUUUGUCUUCAAUAUGGUUGCAGUGGAAAUUAUAUUAAUACAAAAAAUAAAGCUGCUUUAAAUUUUGCCAGCGAUUCGCGAGAUAGUGGAAAUCUUAAAGUGAUACUUGACCAAACAACAGUUCAUUUAAACAACAAAUACAAUGGCCUGACGCCAAUAAAUUCCUUGGCAAAAAACUUGACAGCUGAAAAUGCCAACGAGGUAACAAAGUGCAUAAGGUUACUCUUGGAGAAGGGCGCGUGUCCAAACAUUGCGGAUAAUGUGGAAAUGAGACCCUUGAACUACGUGAUCAUCAAGAAAAUCGAGCCCAGCAUAAAGCAAGAACUUGUCGACUUAUUCUUUCAUCGAGUUGACAUCUAUUUAGAUGAAGAGCUGUGUGCUCGUUUGUUGCAGUGGAAUCCACAACUCAAUCUGCCCACGGCAUCGAGUCCUUCGAACGAAGUUAAUAAGGAACAGUUGCUGAGAGCUUUACGCACUGGGAAUGAGGGGCAAUUUUGCCAAUGGCUCGGCAAUUAUAAGGGAGAUUGUAUCCAUUUGUACGAGGAGUGCAUUACGAAUGGUCACCAUACAGCCCUCGAUUCGCUGCUGCAACACUAUCCCACAAAGGAUAGGCAAAUAUUCGUGGAAUUUGCAAUUGCGUAUGGCAAUUGGUAUGCUCUGGACAAGCUGCUGCAGAACUGGCAAAUGCCCAAGAAUAUGGAUGUGCUUAGCUCUCUUGUCUGCAGAUUGGACGAGAGACCGCAAAAGAGUUUUAGUGACUUUGUCAAAUGCUUUGACAUUCUGCUGGGCAGUGGCCAAGUGAAUUUGAAUAUACAGGAUAAGAGUGGUAGAACCCCACUGCACUAUGCUACAAUAUACAAUCAUGAGUACGCUGUGCAGCAGCUGCUACUCCAUGGGGCUAGCCUCAACAUUGACAGUGUGUUCACAGAGUUGGCCAUCGAUACCAUUGAGCCCGAGCUGCUGGAGGAACACUUUGAUAACUGCAUCACAUCGAAUGGCAAAAGUCGGGCUGCUGGGGACUUUGAGGUGACGUUUAACUUCAAAACUUUUAAGAUUCCCGAUGAUAUGAAGUUUUCGCGGAAAUCGCAUUCCAGUGAAAUGAGAGCGAUUCGCGCUAUUGGCGAAUCGAAGACGCAUCGUCAUCUUCUUAAUCAUCCGUUGAUUACGUCACUCAUAGUGUGUUUUAAAUGGCAAAACAUUUCAAAACAACAUUACUUUUACUUUAUGAUGUCAGUGGCCUUGUAUCUAUUGAUGUCACUCAACAUAAUUUUUAUAUAUACCCCUGAAGUCCCUGGAACACUUAAGUUUACCUUUAUGGCAUUAUCCUGGUGCAGUAUUGCAUAUUUGAUAACUGUCGAGAUGGCUAUGUUUGUACUACUCGGAUUUAAGCAGCAUUUCAAGAGAUGGAGAUGGAUUAAUGCAAGUCUCGUCGUGCUCGCAGCGUGCAGCAACAUUCUUGCUGAUCCCAAUUCGAGUCUUGGCACUGCACGCAUCUUUGCAGCAUUUACAAUUGUUUUGAUUGCCAUUAGAUUGACCGCUCUUAUUGGAUCAUUGCCCGCAAACUUUCUCUCUCUGUAUGUUCUCAUGCUUUGGGAAGUGUGUUAUACAUUCAUGAAAAGCUGGUUACCAUAUUCAAUAUUGGUGAUUGCCUUCGGAUUAUCCUUUUAUCUGCUCGACGUUCUAAAUUCAUCGGAUACGAGCAUCGCUGGCGCUGUCAUAAAGACGAUCGUCAUGUCAACCGGAGAAUUUGAAGAAAGCAGUAUAAAGUUUAAAGGAUUAUUCUUCGCUCGUCUAUUCUUUAUCGCAUUCGUAUUGUUCAUUGCAAUUGUGUUGAUGAAUCUGUUGUCUGCUUUGGCAUUCAGUGAUAUUCAGGCUAUCCAAGCUGCUGCUGAAGUUUAUAGUCUUAAUUCCCUUGUUGAUUUGCUGAUGUUCUAUGACAUGUGCCUCGAUAAAUAUAAAUUUUUAAAGAAGUUUUUAAAAUCUACUGAAAUUCCAGAGCUGGCAUUUGCAUAUCCAAACAAUGAACAAAUUGAAAUAACGCCCACAAAUAAUGUCGAAAUGGAACCCCUUAUUAACGCCAACGCUACAACUGAAAAUAGUAUAAAUAUACCUCCAGCACGUGUUAUUAUAAACUUGAGCAAAGUGACGGUCAAACGAAUCCAUCAAUUAAUGGAGAAGCGAUCAAAAAGAAAGAGCAACUGUUUAUAAAUUAACAAAA